UCCUGCAGACCUCUUACAUCAUCAUAAAUCACCUUUCUUCCUUUUAGCGCGAGAAAGUUGAAAAACUCGUGUUAAUUCGAGAAACUGUGUAAAAAAAGCCGUGUAAAAAACCGUGUAAAAAAAGAGUUUAGUGUAUAUCACAUUAUGUUAUAAUUGUUCGAUAUUUGGAAAAUAAUGUUACAAAAUUGUAUCAAAUCUUAAUAGAAUUUUGUAAUCAUGAGGCUAAAAUUCAUAUCACAUUUUGUUAUAAUUUUGAUCUGAUUAAAACAAAAUAGGAUAUUUUCUUGACCAGUGUACUUUUUGUUACAAUUUUAGAUAUUUUAACAUCAUCCUGCAUCUAGUUUAUAACAUAAGAAGUUAUAGACAAAUAUUAUAACAUCAUAACACAAUAUGAUAUAAACUUAUGACAAGAAUCACAUUGAACCAAGCUCAAAUACAGUAAACGUUCGGUCGGCGCAAACGGUUUAACUGGAAUGCUUUCUAACUGCAAGUCCUGUAAGUGCAACAAGUUUGCAGUUAUCACACCGCAAAACAUCAAAAUGGUGCGCCGUGUUAGCUCAAACGAACAGUCGGAUGAAGUUUGUUGACAUCUGUCCGUCGUAUUAAGUAUCAAAUUUUGUUCACUAAGUGAAACGUAAACAUGUUAUAGUUACCGAGUGUCUACUGUAUAGGGAUAGUCGCAACUAAUUCUGUCAAAUUGGAGCCUUUCUGCAACAACUUCUUCAGCAUGAAGAUCGCUCAUUCUGUUAGUGGAGUUGAUGUGCGUGUAAGGAUCCAGAAAAGUCUCCAAUGUGACACAAACGCGUUUGUUGAAACGCGCGGUGGUAGAUGAUUUUCAUCCUAAAAAAGUGUCGCAACUCUUCACAGUCGGAUAUCUCGAACAUCGAAGCUAAACGUUUUUUCAGCUCCAUGAUCGAUUUCAGAUUGCGGUCGGCAACUGAGAGGUCAUCUACGUACAGAAUCAGGAUGAGUUCAUCUUCAUUGUCCAACUUUGUUUACAGGCAAUAAUCGAGUCUUGAUCUCUUACAGCCCAUUUUUAGGAGUGCGUUGUUGAAUCGAUCGUUCCAACAUAUAGGUGAUUGUUUUAGGCUGUAACCAACUUCUCCGGUAAAGUGCGUUCUCGAUCGCUACACCUCACCAACGUUUAUCCCUCGGACUCGUGGUGUUCCGUGUGCGAAGUGAGCGACGAUGCUACCGUCUCGUCGUCGUCAGUUUCGUCGAACUGUUCCGGUUGGCCAUCUUCCUCCAUCAUCUCAGCCUUUUGAUGUUCUUGUGGAAUAUCGUAGGAAUAUCGGACUACCAAGCGCAAUUGCUCUGCUGGUUCUGCCUCCAUUUCAUACGGAAAAUGAAUUUCAUCAUGAAUAUCCUGAACUCCUGGACAUUUUGUAUACCUUACAAUAUCGUACAACCUCAGAAAGAUUUACUCGUAACAUUUCGGAGUACCAUGGAUAACAAUGACCGAUAACCGCUAACGUAGAUUGCAUGUGAUUGCGGUAGAUUCUGUAGACCUUGAAAGUCCUGAACUGCAGGACAUUUUGAAUACCUUACAAUAUCGUACAACUUUAGAAAGAUUCACUCGUAACAUUUCGGAGUAUCAUUUACAAAAAUGACCGAUAAUCGCUAAUGUAGAUUGCAUGUGAUUGCGGUAGAUUCUGUAGACCUUGAAAGUCCUGACCUCCAGGACAUUUUGCAUACCUUACAAUAUCAGAAAGAUUUACUCGUAACAUUUCGGAGUACCAUGGACUAACAAUGACCGAUAACCGCUAACGUAGAUUGCAUGGUGAUUGCGGUAGAUUCUGUAGACCUUGAAAGUCCUGAACUGCAGGACAUUUUGCAUAUCUUACAAUAUCGUACAAUUAAAAAAAAAUCCGUGACAUUUCGGAGUACCAUGGAUAAAACUGACCGAUAAUCGCUAACGUAGAUUGCAUGGUGAUUGCGGUAGAUUCUGUAGACCUUGAAAAUCCUGAACUCCUGGACAUGUUGCACACCUUACAACAUCGUACAACCUCAGAAAGAUGUUCUCGUAACAUUUCGGAGUACCAUGGAUAACAAUGGCCGAUAACCGCAAAGGUAAUUUCAAUGGCGAUUGUGGUAGAUUUUGUAGAACUUGAAAGUCCUGAACUUCAGGACAUUUUGCAAACCUUGUAAUGUCCCGAAACAGUGAAAUACACUUCUCGUUCAAUUACAAAGUAACUCGGAACAUAACUGUCAAAUGCUACAAAGUUAUAUUGAAUUGGAGCUGCGGUAGAUUCUGUUGACCAUGUAAGUCUUAACUCCAGGAUAGUUUGGAUAUCCUAGAACAUCCGAACAAACCGAAUACAGUUGUCAGCUUAUGUCUUGCGACUCUACAGAGUAUUCUGCAUAAUAGUUCCAUGAAUUUAUUGCAUUGAUUAGAUUCAGGCGCUUACAGAUCAUAUGGAUUAAAUUCCAUAACGUACUGGAGAGGCCUUGAGGUGAUCUAGGUUUAUUGGACGUGAUCACCGAAGUAAAUCGGGUAUCAAGUAUCUCCGAAAGCUAUUUUUCAAUGACAUAAAUAAUGAUUACAAACAAUUCCAUGGAACGUUUCCGAAAACUACAAAAAAGCCACCUAUUUCGACACCCCACCAAAAGGGGGAGGGUGCAAGGGGAUGUUCAACUAUUCCCCUUGAUGUAUACAAAAUUUCAGCUUAAAAUCUUGAAAAACCACUGAGAUUUCAAUUUUUGAAAAAUUUUGGACCGUCCUGCCAUUUUCAGCAUCAUCCAUAUUCGUUUUCAGGGAUUUCUCCAUAAUAUUAUACUUCUUCGAAAAUUCCGGUAGAGAUUGUUUCAACGAUUGCAUCAAGCAUUAACCCAGAAAUUCCUCCAAUAUUCUGCACAAAAAAUCCUUUCGGAGACCGUCCAAGGAUUCCUUCAAUCAUUCGUCUAGAAAUUACAGCAGAAUGUAUGGAUUCCUUUAGAUUUAUUUCUAGGGAUUCCUACAGAAACUAUACCAGAAAUUAAUUUAGAAAGCUCUCCUGGGAUUUCCUAAAAAAUUUUUCAUAGAAAUGCUUCCGGGAUUCCUCCUAGGGUUUCUUCAGGAAAUCUUUCAAGUAUUCCGUCAUGACUUCCUCCAGGGAUUCCCCCAAGAAUUUCUUCAGGGUUUCUCUCAGGAUUUACUCCAGAGAUUCACUUGGGAAAAUUUUCUGGGAUUCUUUCCGGAACUACUCCAGGAAAUAUUUCGAAAAUUCCUCCAAGGAUUCUUCCUGGAAUUCCUCCAGGAAUUGUUAAGGGAUUCCCUUAGGAAUUCCUCUUAAGAUUACUUACGAGAUUCAUCCUUGGGUUCUUUCAGGGUUUCUCCAGGAAUUCUUCCAGGCAUUCAUUCAGAGAUUCCUCUAGGAAAUACUCUGCGGUUUCCUCUAUGGAUUUUUCUAGGAAUUCCUCCAAGAACUCAUUUUAGGAUACUUCCGGAGAUUUCUGCUGGGAUUCCUCCAGGCAUUGCUUUAGGCAUUCCUCGGGGAAUUUGGCCAGGGCUUUCUCCAGUGAUUCCUAUAGGAAUUCCUCCUAAAAUUUAUUUAGAAAUUCCUACAGGAAUUCUUCCAGAGAUUCCUCCAGAGAUUGCAUCAAGGAUUUUUAUAGGAAUUCCCACAAAUACUCCAACACAAAUUCCUCCAGAUUUUCCUCCGGGUAUUCUUUCAGGAAUUGCUCCAGGCAUUACUCCAGGAUUUCAUCCAGGAAGGCUUCUAGGGACUCUUCCAGGAAUUCCUCCAGGGGUUCCUCAAGGAAUCCACCCCUCAAGAUUUUUUCAAGAAUUCCGGGGAUUUAUUCAGAAAAUCCGCCUGGGAUUGCAUCAGGAAUUCGUCCUGGGAUUUCCUCAGAGAUUCCUCAAGGAAUUCCUCUACGCCUUCUUCAUGAUAUUCUUUCAGAAAUUCCUGCAGCAAUUCCUCCAGGAAUUUCACCAGGAAAACCUCCAUGGAUGCCUCAAAAAUAUCCUCCAGGAAUUACUCAUGGCAUUCCUCCAGGGAUUCUUCCAGAAAUUUCUCAAGAAAUUCCUCUUUAGAUUCCUCCAGGGAUUUCUCUAGGGAUUCCUUCGGGAAUUUCUGUAGAGGUUCCUGUAGGAAAUCCAAAAAAUCCUCCAGAGAUUUUUGCAAGUGUUCUUCCAGAAGUUCCUCUACGAAUUCCUCAAAAGAUUCCUCUAUGAAUUCCUAUAAACAAUCCUAGGAAUUCCACUAGAAAUUCCUCCAGAAGUUCCCCUUGGGAUUUCUCCACGAAUUCCGAUAGGCAUUCCUCCAGGCAUUUCUCCAGGUAUUCCUCCACGAAUUGCUCCAGGGAUUUAUCCCAGGAAUUCCUACAGGCAUAUCUCCAGGUAUUGCUAGAUGUAUUCCUCGUGGAUUUCCAGAUUCUAGAAAUGCCUUCAGGGACUGCUGCAGGUAUUCAUUCAAGAUUUCCUCCAGGCAUUCCUCCAGGAAUCCCCUCAGUACAUCCUCCUAGGACUCUUCCAGGAAUUCUUUUAUGGAUGCUUUCAGAAAUUAUUCCAGGAUUAUUUCCAGGUAUUCCUACAGGAACUCCUCCAGGGACUCCUACAGAAGUUUAUCCAAGAAUUUCUCUUUCAGGGAUUCCUCCAAGAAUUACUCCAGGGAUUGUUCUAGCGAUCCCUCCAAGAAUUCCCCAACGUGUUCCUCCAGGCAUUCCUCCAGGCUUUUCCUCAGGAAUUGCUUCAGGCAUUCCUCUAGGCUUUACUAUUACUUUAGAGCUUUUAGUAGAACUUGUUACUUCAGACUCUAGUUUAAUUUAAAAACACUUCACUAAUACUUUACUUUUGCAAAAGAAAAUAAAAAAUGAAUAACUCUUUUAAAGAAAAACUAGAAAGGACGAGCAAAUUCCUUUUAAUUCUACUACUGUGCUUAUCUUCGGACAGAUAGGCCUAUUUCGUCUGUGACUUACAGACUUCUUCAGUGUCAAGUGCUCGACUGAAGAAAACCUCGCAUUCGUUGUGGUAUUUAUACUAGGAGUGUAUGUGUAGGUACGUGUGUGGGUAAAAGUGUAGGUAUAAAAAUGUAGGUACAAAAUUGUAGGUACAUAUUUGUAAAAAAGGGGUGUUUUUAAAUUAAACUAGAGUCUGAAGUAACAAGUUCUACUAAAAGCUCUAAAGUAAUAGUAAAGUGAAGAUGGCAACCAAGCCAAAGUCAGAGCCGAAUAAGUUCAUCGAGUUGAAGAAGACCAUCGCAGGAUUACACAAGGAUAUCGCGUUUCUCAAGAAGUGUAUAGAGUACAGGCUUACUCCCGUAAGUCACAAGGUAAAAGUUAAAACAGCCACAAACCCCAACAUAGUAAAGACACUUGAACAAACACUCAUCAAAGAAAGCAUCAAAAAACUACACAGCAAGAUCAACAUGAAAACUUUGGAAUGUUAUUCUCUCCAUUUAAAGUUAGCGAAAGAUUAUCCUGAAUCUUUCCCUAAUUUUCUAACAAAAGUAAAAGUUGCAGAAUUUUGUGAAUCAGAAAGAAAAAGGAAAUUACUAGAUAAAAAACUUAAAGCAUUAAAGAUGCAAAAUCCGAAGUUUACAUGUUCUUCUACAUAACCACAAAACACAACACAAGAACUAACUGGGUUAGUGGUCAAUCGCUCUUCCGAACAGUUUACGGAAGAACAGUUGACCCUCCUCAACAAAGGUCUUAACUACGCAGUACACUCUAAACCAGAUUCAACACAAACCAUAAUCGACAUUGAAACAGCUAUCAACACGAACAAUUUACAGACACCACAGAUUCAAGAAAUCAGAACACAAACAGCUAACACUAUUCAAAACACACAACAAAACAAAUUGAACAAAGAACACCUGAAAGAACAACGAAUAAUCAAAGAACUUAACCAGAAACCAGUUUUCUAUCUGAAAGCUGACAAAGGAAACAAAACAGUAAUCAUGAACAAAGAGGGCUAUGAUGAAAUAAUGAAUAACAAGAUUCAAAAUGGACCUUACCGAAAACAACGUACUGAUCCUCUUCCAGGAUUAGUAAGACGUGUUGACAAAACUCUCAAAGAGUCUACACCAGUUUUAGGAAGCGUCAUUAAAAGCCUGAAAGAAUCUAACCCUUCAUUGCCAAGAAUAAAAGGACUUCCCAAAGUUCAUAAACCUGGAAAUGAAAUGCGUGAGAUUGUUUCAGCCAUUGGUUCACCUACACACAAAAUUGCCAAAUAUUUAGUACAAGAAUUCCAAAACAUGCCUAAAAAAUUUCACAGUAGAUCUGUCAAGAAUUCCGAACAAUUCACAGAACUAGUACAGAAUUUAUCCGUUAACGACGAUGAAAUUUUAGUUUCAUUCGACGUUAAAUCACUAUUUCCAAGCAUUCCAGUUAAAGAGGCCAUUAACCUACUAGAAGAUUGGCUUCUGAACCAAUAUGAAGAUUCAAAUUCAGAUUGGAUUAAGAAAGUUCGUACAUACAUCAAAUUAACCAAACUUUGUAUGGAAGAAAAUUAUUUUUCGUUCAGAAAUGAAACCUACAAACAACUUAAUGGUGCCCCCAUGGGCAAUCCACUUUCUCCAUUUUUAAGUGAAAUUUUUAUGGCAAAUUUGGAAAAACGCUUAGAAAACAACAAACAGCUUCCUGAAGUCUGGUGGAGAUACGUUGACGACGUGUUUAGCAUUGUUAAGAAACAUCUUUUACCUGAAAUCUUGAACAAUAUCAAUAAUGCACACAAAAACAUCGAAUUCACUUGUGAAAUUGAACAGAACAACCAACUACCAUUUUUGGACAUACUCAUCGUAAAACAAGAAUCAACACUUUCCUUCGAAAUUUACAGAAAACCGACACACACUCAACGCACUAUUCCAAAUUCAUCAAAUCACUCACAUCAACACAAAAUUGCAUCCUUCAAUCACAUGAUACACCGAAUGCAGACACUUCCACUUAGUGAAACAGGAAAAAAGAAAGAACUUAAUUACAUUUUCGAAACAGCACAGUUGAACGGUUACACAAAACAAACAAUACAACAGAUCAUCAACAAAAAGACACAACAACAAUACAGACGUUCUUUGACUACACUGACACGGACAGAACCUACACUUAAUCGGAUAACUGUGAACUACAACAAUGACACCAAAAAACUCCGACCAAUUCUCAGAAAGUUUGGUUUUGAAUUAGUUUUCACAAGCAAAGCUAACCAACUUCAAACUCUCUUAGGAUCUACGAAAGACCCGUUGGACAACUUAACAAAAUCUGGUGUUUACAAAGUAACAUGUAAUCACUGUGACAAAAUAUACAUAGGACAAACAAAACGCACACUCAACACACGAUUCAAAGAACACAUAACGGAAGUAUCAAAAGCACACAAAGACACAGACAAGGGACUCAUUCAUCAUUUUAAAUCUAAAGUUGCUGAACAUAUUUUCAAUGAAGGACAUUUUAUGAAUACUUCAAAUAUUAAACUCUUACGACACAUUACAAACCCAUGGAAACUUGAUGUUGCAGAAAGUUUAGAAAUUUACAAACAAAACAAUAAAAAACUACUUAACAAGGAUCAGGGCAAUGGGUACACGUGGCUGUUUAAAUUUUUACCUAACACACACAAAACAUUACACAAUACACAAAACACAAAUUGACUACCUACCAAAUCGGCAGGAAAAAAUAACACAACAAACACCAAUUGACUACCUACCAAAUCGGUAGGAAUUUUCCUAGCUUUAGGUAUCUUAUUGACACCCUGUUUUCUAACAGGCAGAUACACCCCCUUUUUUACAAAUAUGUACCUACAAUUUUGUACCUACAUUUUUAUACCUACACUUUUACCCACACACGUACCUACACAUACACUCCUAGUAUAAAUACCACAACGAAUGCGAGGUUUUCUUCAGUCGAGCACUUGACACUGAAGAAGUCUGUAAGUCACAGACGAAAUAGGCCUAUCUGUCCGAAGAUAAGCACAGUAGUAGAAUUAAAAGGAAUUUGCUCGUCCUUUCUAGUUUUUCUUUAAAAGAGUUAUUCAUUUUUUAUUUUCUUUUGCAAAAGUAAAGUAUUAGUGAAGUGUUUUUAAAUUAAACUAGAGUCUGAAGAUUCCUCUAGGAAU